CUCUGCUGUCCUCGCUGACCUCCUCUCCUCUCCGCUCCGCUCCACUCCGCCACCAUGUCCCUCAGCGGCUGCUCCGGAAACUUCUCCUCCCGCUCCCUCGGGGGCUCCCUGUGCACCCCAGGCCCCUCCUGUGGCUCCCACCCCAGCAACCUGGUCUACAGUCCUGCCCCCUGCACCCCCAGCCCCUGCCCGCAGAGCCCCUCUCUCCACAGGGGCCGCCAGGAGACCUGCCGGAAGCCACCCAGCUGCCCCACGCCCCGCUGUGGCCCGAGGACCUCCUCGCCCUGCGGUGGCCUGAGGACGCCCUCGCCUUGCCGUGGCCCGAGGACCCCCUCGCCCUGCGGUGGCCCGAGGACCCCCUCGCCCUGCCGUGGACUGAGGACCCCCUCGCCCUGCGGUGGCCUGAGGACCCCCUCGCCCUGCUGUGGCCCGAGGACCCCCUCGCCCUGCGGUGGCCCAAGGACCCCCUCACCCUGCCGUGGACUGAGGACCCCCUCGCCCUGCGGUCCCUGCAGGACCCCCUUGUCCUGCGGUCCCUGCAGGACCCCCUCACCCUGCGGUCCCUGCAAGACCCCCUUGUCCUGCGGUCCCUGCAGGACCCCCUCACCCUGCGGUCCCUGCAAGACCCCCUUGUCCUGUGGUCCCUGCCGGACCCCCUCACCCUGCGGUCCCUGCAGGACCCCCUUGUCCUGCGGUCCCUGCAGGACCCCCACACCCUGCGGUCCCUGCAGGACCCCCUCACCCUGUGGUCCCUGCAGGACCCCCUUGUCCUGCGGUCCCUGCAGGACCCCCGCACCCUGCGGUCCCUGCAAGACCCCCUCACCCUGUGGUCCCUGCAGGACCCCUGCGCCCUGCGGGACCCGCCCUGAGGCUCUGGGCUGCGGGUCCCCUGGUGUCAGGUCCCUGGGUUACGGGGUCUGUGGGUUCCCCGUGAUGAGCUAUGGGUCCGGGUUCUGCCGCUCCAACGGCCUGGCCUCCAGCAGCUGCUGA